AUGAGUCAAUAUCAUCAGCAGGAAAUACUGGAUGAUCACAUGAGGGACUCAAAUUGGAAAAAAUUGGUUGGGAUCGUCAAGACUCUCUUGAAAAAGUAUAAACGUGCUGUCAAGGGAGUCAAUGACACAAAGCUCCCUUUUGAUGAGCUGACAUGUUCUUUGGACCCCCAAAAAAUUGCUUUAUGGGAAAAGGAUGAGAAGAUUACAAUGGAGCUUCGAGGAGAACAUCUUGACAUUUAUCAGUUGAAAAUUGACAAAGAAAUAGGAAGGCCAGGAUCGGUUUCUUGGAUUAUUCAGGGUAUUAAUCCAGAAGACUCUCAGGAUGGAUUACGAUCAAAUAUUCGACGUUUCCCAUGCAAUGCCACAGCUACUCAGAAGGCUGGUCUUCAAGAGAAACGACUAAAACUAGCUGCUCAAAUCAUCAAAUUUCACGAAACUGCAGAUCAAAUGACACAGGGAAUAGAACUGGAUUCGGGUACAGUCCAUGUCGAUGAUUCUCGAUUUUGCCAGGCAGAAGCUGAAGAACAAGCAUGGGAGGUUGCGGAUGAAGAUGAUUCAGAAUUGAUUGAUGAAGAAAUUCCAGCAGAAGAUAUGGGCAUCUGGAUGUCAUCAUCAGUGACCCAUGACUAUGCUGAUAUUUUCGGUUUGACCAAACUGCAGGAAGAAGAAUUAGAGUUGAGAAAAGGUCAAGCUAAUGAUUGUCUAGAAAAUAUUCGCUUGGCUCUUGGCCAGAAGGCUGUCAUCUAUCGUCAACACUUUCGAAGUGCUAAUUCUCCUCAAAAUCGAGAAGUUGGUCAGAAGCUAUCAAAGGAUUGGCUAUGGAAAGACUUGGAGUGA